UGAUUUAUCGGUGAAGAUGGCGAGUCAAGGCAGUUUUUCAAGAAGAAGUCUAUCAUUUACAAAGAAGAAGAAAACCUCGGAGAAUGGAGGCCCUGAUUCUACAAGAAAGUCUCUAUCCCUUUCGCGGUCUAAGGGACUGACUGGAGAGCGUACUGUAAAACGGCUGCGGCUCUCGAAGGCACUAACAAUUCCUGAAAAUACAACUAUUCUUGAGGCUUGCCAUCGCAUGGCUGCUCGUAGAGUUGAUGCUUUAUUGCUAACUGACACCAAUGCAUUGCUUUGUGGAAUCCUUACAGACAAGGAUAUAGCAACUAGGGUUAUCGCCUGUGAGGUUAAUCUGGAAGAGACACCUGUUUCCCAAGUUAUGACAAGAAACCCAACUUUUGUUCUCUCUGACACGCUUGCUGUUGAAGCCCUCCAAAAGAUGGUGCAAGGAAAAUUCAGACAUUUGCCAGUAGUGGAGAAUGGGGAGGUCAUGGCCCUACUUGAUAUAGCAAAGUGUUUAUAUGAUGCCAUUGCUCGUUUGGAAAGGGCAGCUGAAAAGGGAAAGGCUAUUGCUGCAGCUGUUGAGGGUGUCGAAAAACAUUGGGGGACAUCAGUUUCUGGUCCCGAUACCUUAAUUGAAACAUUGAGGGAGCGGAUGUUUAAGCCUUCUCUGUCUACAAUCAUUCCAGAGAAUUCAAAGGUUGUAAUGGUUUCCCCAACAGAAACCGUAUUAUUCGCAACAAAGAAGAUGCUUGAAUUUCGAUUAAGCUGUGCAGUUGUGACGAUUGAUAACAAACCACAGGGAAUUCUUACUUCAAAGGAUAUCUUGAUGCGGGUAAUAGCAGAAAAUCUUCAUCCAGAGUCCACUUUAGUAGAGAAGGUCAUGACACCGAAUCCAGAAUGUGCAACGGUAGAUACACCAAUUGUUGAUGCACUGCAUAGUAUGCAUGAUGGAAAGUUUUUGCACCUUCCUGUACUAGAUAGAGAUGGAAAUGUAGUUGCUGUUGUGGAUGUAAUACAUAUCACUCAUGCUGCUGUGGCCACAGUUGGAAGUACUGCUGGCAUAAGUAAUGAAGCCACAAGCACUAUGAUGCAAAAGUUCUGGGAUUCUGCCAUGGCCUCAAGUCACCAUGGUGAUGAGGAGGAUACACAAAGUGAAGGUUCCUUGAUAUUGGCUUCAGAAGUAACAGAGACAGAGAGAUCGCUUCCCUUUCCCUCAUCGAACCUGCCAAAUACAUUUUCUUUUAAAAUCCAAGACAAGAAGGGAAGAAUGCAUAGGUUCACUUGUGAUGUCCAGGGUUUGGCAGAUCUUAUAGCUGCAAUCCUUCAGAGGGUGGGAGAUGACAUUGAUCCCAACCACCUGCCUCAGAUUCUGUAUGAAGAUGAAGACCAUGAUAAAGUUGUCCUAGCAUCAGAUAGCGAUCUUGCUGCUGCUGUGGACCAUGCAAAGUCAGUUGGUUGGAAGGGUUUGAGAUUGCAUUUAGACUACUCGGGGACACGAGGUCGUCGGAGAGCUACCAGUUCAGGGGGUUUGGAUUAUGCCAAUGAAGAUGCAUGGGCCUCUGCAUAUAGUGCUGUUGCAGCAGGAGCUGCACUUGUAGCUGGUUUAGGUGUAUUAGCAUACUUGAGAAGAUCCGGGACCUGAUUUCAAACAACACUUUCAGUCUACAAGCGAAACUCAAAAUUAGCAGAGCUGAUUCGCUCCUAAAGCUGGAGGCCAAAUUGGAACUGGUCAGGGAGUACACAUCUCGUGCUUCAUACAUUUCUUUUUUAUUUUUUUAUUUAUU